CUUACAAUUUCUCUACAGCUCAGAACAGCAACUGCUGAGGCUGCCUUUGGAAGAGGAUGAUCCUAAACAAAGCUCUGAUGCUGGGGGCCCUCGCCCUGACCACCGUGAUGAGCCCCUGUGGAGGUGAAGACAUUGUGGCUGACCAUGUUGCCUCCUAUGGUGUGAACUUCUACCAGUCUUACGGUCCCUCUGGCCAGUACACCCAUGAAUUUGAUGGAGACGAGGAGUUCUACGUGGACCUGGAGACAAAGGAGACUGUCUGGCAGUUGCCUAUGUUUAGCAAAUUUAUAAGUUUUGACCCGCAGAGUGCACUGAGAAAUAUGGCUGUGGGAAAACACACCUUGGAAUUCAUGAUUAAACAGUCCAACUCUACAGCUGCCACCAAUGAGGUUCCUGAGGUCACAGUGUUUUCCAAGUUUCCUGUGACGCUGGGUCAGCCCAACACCCUCAUCUGUCUUGUGGACAACAUCUUUCCUCCUGUGGUCAACAUCACAUGGCUGAGCAAUGGGCAGUCAGUCACAGAAGGUGUUUCUGAGACCAGCUUCCUCUCCAAGAGUGAUCAUUCCUUCUUCAAGAUCAGUUACCUCACCCUCCUCCCUUCUGCUGAUGAGAUUUAUGACUGCAAGGUGGAGCACUGGGGCCUGGACGAGCCUCUUCUGAAACACUGGGCUUCACUUCCACAGAGCCUGAGAUUCCAGCCCCUAUGUCAGAGCUCACAGAGACUGUGGUCUGCGCCCUGGGGUUGUCUGUGGGCCUCGUGGGCAUUGUGGUGGGCACUGUCUUCAUCAUCCAAGGCCUGCGUUCAGUUGGUGCUUCCAGACACCAAGGGCUCUUGUGAAUCCCAUCCUGAAAAGGAAGGUGCAUCGCCAUCUACAGGAGCAGAAGAAUGGACUUGCUAAAUGACCUAGCACUAUUCUCUGGCCCGUUUUAUCAUAUCCCUUUUCUCCUCCAAAUGUUUCUCCUCUCACCUCUUCUCUGGGACUUAAGGUGCUAUAUUCCCUCAGAGCUCACAAAUGCCUUUCAGUUCUUUCCCUGA